AAUACCGGGAAGCCUUUAAAUGCUUUGAUUUGAACGAAAAUGGAACAUUAUCGACCAAGGAGUUGAAAUAUGCCAUGCGCAUGCUCGGAUCAAACCCAACCGAUUCCCAAGUGCAAGAGCUGGUGAAUGAAAAAGAUUUUGAUGGUAAGACACUCUGUUUGUUAAUCACGCUUGUUGUUCACUUACUGAUUGGACCUGAGUCAGUGUCUCCGUGCAGUCCUUAACACCGAAUGGUUUUCGUGUUGUACUCGGCUCGACAUCGAGUCUUAUUACCUGCCCUACAUUUCUAUUUCCAUGGAGCAGAGUAAAAAGCGCACGACGUCAAUCUUCACAGUGCUCGCAUUUUCGUAAAAAACCGAUCUUACCCGAAGACAUCUGAAAAUUUCCGACGAUUUGAGUGCAUUUUAUGCUAUACACUUUGGCGUAAGAAAUCAGUUGGCAGGCUUGCGCAGGCACGGGCUAUAUUUUGACUUUCUUUGUUUUUUUUGCACGCUGAUGUGUUUAUUAAGUUUGCAGAAAUUACUAACUGGUCCCUCCUGGUAGUGAACAGAUCAAAACGAUAAUAAUAUUUUCUUAAAAUCUGGAGAGAAAAACGUUUGCACUUAUCCUCGAAUUUUUUUUCUUUCCUUCCAAUAGGAGAUGGGACGAUCAAUUUUGAAGAAUUUGUAAAUAUGAUAGAGGAUCAAAAUAGCGCGGAGGAUGAAGAUAAUUUAUUUACGAUAUUUAGUGUAUUCGACCCUGAACAUAACGGCUUUGUUGAGGGAAAAAACAUAAAGAAGUCUCUUCUUUGUCUGGAUGAUGUUCCCGUAGAGGAACUGGAUGAAAUUAUAGAAAAAGCCGGAAUAACAGAUGACAGGAAAUUAACAAUGGAAGGUAAGAUCUUUAAUUAUUAACCCUUUGACUCCUGAGAUCAAAUUAUUAAUUCUCCCCUCAAGUUGCUAGACAUUUCUUUGUAAAGUAGUGAUGAGAAUUUGGUGUUGGAUCAGGAUGACAACUACCUGAUAAGUUUGAAUAUUCUCAUUUCCUAUUUGCUGGAUAACGUAAGGAUAUUAUAGGGAGAAGUUUCAUGUUGAUCACCUCUGGGAGUUAAAGGGUUAAAUCGUGUGGCAAUUUUCAAUUGAGAGUCGAAAGUAAUCCGAGUCUGCUUAUGGUUUUCUUAACUUCGCUCUGUGAUUGGUCAUGAAAAUUCGCGUCACCUCAACCAAUCAGAUGCAAACUAAAACCAUUCAGCACUUCGUCGCCGGCGUUCUCUGGCGCUUUAAGCAAUUUGGUCGUACGGUUCUCUCAUUUUAAAUUUAGUUCAUUUAAUUAAAUAAGUCAAAUUUAGUUUGGUGUUUAUUGUCUUUUAAGUGAAAAAGAUCGCAAAUCAUACUUUCUCUUGUGAUUUUAUUUCAGAGUUUUCUACUCUUCUCGUACCACUGAUAUACAAGUCGGGAAGAAUACUACGAUAUCAUGAAAAAACCUGGAGAAGAAGCAACAAUUUUGAAGCGAUCUCAGAGUCAAACGUUGAAUAUAUUUAAAAGUAUUUAAUUUAUUAGACCAUUACAAGUUGACUGUCAAUUAACUGGAAUGUGGGGGAGAGGGGGGAGGGGUUGUAAAAUUUUUACCGAACCUUAUUGGGAGAUCAGGUUAAUUUCAUCGUGACUCAACCAAAAUCCUCCCACCCCUCCCCCCCUUCCCUUUGGCGAG